GGGGCCUGGGGGCCGGGCGGCUGUUUCCUGUCCUGGUGCAUGGUGGUCGGACGAAGGAAUUGUUGGAAAAUUUUCUCGGAGGCUGACAUGCAUCAUCAUCAUCUUCCAGAAAGGCAGGAAGUUUAUAUAUUACACACUGUCUUCAUGGAGAUUCCUGUAGUGCUUCAGGACAGCCUCCUCUGUGUCUGAUUUUGGCCCAUGAUUCAUGACUAAACCACAUGAAAUUGACUACCUUUCAUAAGGUGGCCCUUUCUAAAGGUAGAAAAUGUUGUUAGCCCAAAUAAAUCGAGAUUCUCAGGGAAUGACAGAGUUUCCUGGAGGAGGAAUGGAGGCUCAACAUGUUACCCUGUGCUUGACAGAGGCAGUAACGGUGGCAGAUGGUGACAAUUUAGAAAAUAUGGAAGGUGUAAGCUUGCAAGCAGUAACACUUGCAGAUGGUUCUACCGCUUAUAUACAACACAAUUCUAAAGAUGGAAAACUCAUAGAUGGCCAGGUCAUUCAGUUGGAGGAUGGUUCUGCUGCCUAUGUUCAACAUGUACCCAUACCUAAAAGUACAGGGGACAGUUUGCGUUUAGAGGAUGGUCAAGCAGUGCAGCUAGAAGAUGGAACUACAGCAUUUAUUCACCACACCUCCAAAGAUAGUUAUGACCAGAGCGCAUUACAGGCAGUUCAGCUGGAAGACGGCACCACAGCAUACAUCCACCACGCAGUGCAAGUCCCGCAGUCUGAUACCAUCUUGGCAAUUCAGGCUGACGGCACAGUAGCAGGUCUGCACACCGGGGAUGCCACGAUUGACCCCGACACCAUCAGUGCUUUGGAACAGUAUGCAGCAAAGGUGUCCAUUGAUGGAAGUGAAAGUGUAGCAGGUACUGGAAUAAUUGGAGAGAAUGAGCAAGAGAAGAAAAUGCAGAUUGUCUUACAAGGACAUGCAACAAGAGUAACUGCUAAGUCUCAGCAGAGUGGAGAGAAGGCAUUUCGAUGUGAAUAUGAUGGAUGUGGGAAAUUAUAUACAACGGCUCAUCAUCUUAAGGUCCAUGAGAGGUCACACACGGGAGACCGGCCUUAUCAGUGUGAGCACCUAGGCUGUGGGAAAGCAUUUGCAACAGGUUAUGGAUUAAAAAGUCAUGUCAGAACUCAUACAGGAGAAAAGCCAUAUCGGUGUUCAGAAGAUAAUUGUACUAAGUCUUUCAAAACUUCAGGAGAUCUACAGAAACAUAUAAGAACUCAUACAGGAGAAAGGCCCUUUAAAUGUCCCUUUGAAGGCUGCGGUCGGUCUUUUACAACAUCAAAUAUCAGAAAAGUGCAUAUUAGGACACACACAGGAGAAAGACCUUAUUAUUGCACAGAACCAGGAUGUGGGAGGGCAUUUGCCAGUGCAACCAAUUAUAAAAAUCAUGUGAGGAUACACACAGGUGAAAAGCCAUAUGUUUGUACAGUCCCUGGAUGUGACAAAAGGUUUACAGAAUAUUCCAGUUUGUACAAACAUCAUGUUGUUCACACUCAUUCCAAACCAUACAACUGUAAUCACUGUGGGAAGACCUACAAGCAGAUCUCCACACUGGCCAUGCACAAACGGACGGCCCACAAUGACACUGAGCCCAUCGAGGAGGAGCAGGAAGCCUUCUUUGAGCCUCCCCCAGGUCAAAGUGAAGAUGUUCUUAAAGGGUCCCAGAUCACGUAUGUUACAGGUGUAGAAGGGGAUGAUGUUGUGUCUACACAAGUAGCCACAGUAACCCAGUCUGGGUUGAGUCAACAAGUUACACUCAUAUCCCAGGAUGGGACUCAGCAUGUCAACAUAUCUCAAGCUGACAUGCAAGCCAUUGGCAAUACCAUCACGAUGGUAACGCAGGAUGGCACACCCAUCACGGUCCCAGCUCACGACGCAGUCAUCUCCUCGGCAGGAACGCACUCUGUUGCUAUGGUUACUGCUGAGGGCACAGAAGGGCAGCAGGUCGCAAUUGUGGCUCAGGACUUGGCAGCGUUCCAUACUGCCUCAUCAGAAAUGGGGCAUCAACAGCACAGCCAUCAUUUAGUAACCACAGAAACCAGACCUCUGACCUUAGUGGCAACAUCCAAUGGCACCCAGAUUGCAGUUCAGCUUGGAGAACAGCCAUCUCUGGAAGAAGCCAUCAGAAUAGCAUCUAGGAUCCAACAAGGAGAAACACCAGGGUUGGAUGAUUAAUCCUCAGAACAGUGGAGCAUCGCAGCAGGAGGAGCCUUUCAUCUUCGGGCAGCAGACACCCAGGAACCCGGGCCCAGGAAAAUUAGAAUUUUUCCAUUCCUGAAAUACUGUACACGUUUUUAUGCAAGAGUGGAGAACAUUUUAUUCUUGACACUUUUGUGUAUAUAACCCUUGGAAUAGAUUCCCAAACUGAUUCAUUGUGUACAAGGAUGUAUGAAAUUAGGGCAAUACAGUAAAUUUUCAUGUUACUCUUUUAUCAGUUCACAAACUCCUAGAGUCCACAUGCAAGAGCAGCAAAGUCUUAUGGAGUCUUAUGAUGGAUUUUUAACUUACUGUGACAAAUAAAAUAAAGGCUGUAUCUAAAAUGUUAAAGGUUCUAUACUUCAAACAAUCAAUUCCAGAAGCCAUCAUGGAUAAUAAAGGAUGUAAAGCCUUCAAAUAUUUCCCCAAGUUAAUAGAGUGUCUGCAGUUUUUGUUCUACUGUAUACGUGUCUGGUUUUUUUUUUUGUACCUCACGGUUUGAAAACUAUUCAUUAUAGUUUUCCAUCCCUGUUAAAAUACCAGCUCUUCAAGCUGAAAUGCUAAUUAUAUUGAAUUGGAUCCAUUACAUUGGAUUAUGUAUAAAAUAACAAAGUUUGGUUAUUUAAAAUUAAAAAGUUAAAUCCAGUGCUUUGGUUUUGUUAAAGAUUUUACUUAGCGUUCAGUUUUUUUUGUUACUGUUUUUUAAAAAUAAUGAACUAUCAAAGUUUGACCAUAGGCUGGAGCCCGGGAUAAUAGUGCUGUAAUUGGACAUGGCUUUCCUCUGAAAAUUAGGUUAGUGGGUCCGUGUAAAUUAUUUAUUUUUGCUUAUGUACUUUUGUUUUAAAGCUUAUUUACCCUAAAGUUUAUUAUUAAUUUUGAAUACAGCAAUUUUUAAAAUGUUA